AUGGCGGCGGCGGCGGCGGACGCGACCACGGCCAUGACCAUCGACUUCCUCCGCGCGCGCCUCCUCUCCGAGCGCUCCGUCUCCCGCGCCGCCAAGGACCGCGCCGACCAGCUCGCCAACCGGGUCGCGGAGCUGGAGGGGCAGCUCCGGGCAGUGACGGCCCAGCGCCGGGAGGCGGAGCGGGCCGCCGCCGAGGUGCUGGCCAUCCUCGACUCGCAGGGCUUCUCCGACGCCGCGGAUUCCGGCUCCGACGACGACGGCGCCGGCGGCACCCCCGAGGCCCCCGGCCACGGGAGCGUCGAACCCCGCGGGGAGGCGGAGGACGCGCUGUCGGGCUCGGAGCUCGGAGGCCCGGCCGGGGCGCCUCGGCCCGGGGGCCUCUCCUGGAAGGGCCGCGCCGCCAGCCCUGGCGCGGACAGGCGGCAUCCGCAUCUCAAAGCCAGGCAGCUCAGGCAGCGGCACGGCCAUGGCCACAGGAGGAUCUACUUUUACUUGCUCGCCGCGGAUUCCUCGCCCAAGUACCAGCCGGGCCAGUCCUGCCGGAAGAUCCGGAGAAAGGAGCCGAGGUUGCAGGCUGAAGGUGGGGAUGGCAAGGGCAAUGCUGCCGAGGGUCUGGAGGAGGGCCAGGCAAAAUCUGAUUGCACCGAUGAGCAACAUGAUUUGGAUGGUGAGGUGGGCCAAGACGGGCGAGGUUCUUGUGGUGGCAGUGAGUAUGAGAAGGGUGGGGAGAUGGAGAGAGUCCUUGAGAAUCAGGCUGCGCUGAUUGGGCAGUAUGAGGCACAAGAAAAUGCUCAGAGGGAGUGGGAGAAGAAAUUCAAUGGGAGCCGAGAUUCAACUUCGGAUGAUGUUGACCGAGAUAAUAAGUUAAAUCAGAAUGGAAAAACAUGGGGACAGAGGGGCAGAGCUGCGCAGAUUGUGAAUAGAGAACUAGUUGGUGAAGAGGCACGAUCAAGGGAUAAAAGAGAUCUCUCUGGAAUUAACAGUCCAUCGGAGUGUUUGUCGAACGAAUCUGCCUUUGGCUUGUCCACAAAUGCUCGAAAUGUAAGUGCUAUUGGGAAGUCUGAAGGAUCUGAUAAUGAUUUUGAGCGGGCUACUGCAGUAGUUGCUUCAGUUGUUGAUGAAUUGCAUGCUAGGAAGGAUGAACUAGUACAUAAAAGUUAUACUAAAAUUAUUGAAGGGAGUGGGAAUAAUCUUGGAAGAUCAGCUUCUUCACCACAAAAAGGCUAUCAUAGCAGCCCAAAUGCAGUACAUAAUAAAGGUCAAGGAGAUGGGAAUUCAGACAGUGGUUCAAGCUACCAUGGGAAUGCUCGCUCUUAUGAGCACUAUGUAACCACACCAUCACUUGGAAGUCCUUUAAGUGAUACCCCUAAAAGCAAAGUGUCUGAAUGGAGCUCGUCAUGCUUUCAUAACCAUACCGAUAACCAGAUUGACAUGCAGCCACCCUCAAGUGAUGAUGUGGGAGGUGUUCUAGAGGCACUUCAACGUGCCAAGAUGUCCCUCAGGGAAAAACUGGGCAGGGCAAGUCCACCCAGGCAAGACAUGUUGGCACUUCCAGCACCAGAGGAUCACUACACAGAUGAUGAUUUGCAAGUCGACGACACAGAACUUCCACUUUGCAUGUCACAACGGCUUAGCCAGGAAAUAUUGACACUGCCAGCAUCAGAAGACUACCUUAGCAGGAUCAGUUUACCAGGUGAUGAUGCAAAGGUACCAGUUGGCCCUGCUGGCUUGUUCCGGUUGCCAACAGACCCGUUUCCCCAAAACGAGGUGUGUUCCACUGAUGGCUAUGGCUCAAGGUUCAGUUUGACGUCAAGUCGGCAGACCGUCUUUUCAAGAAACCCUGCUAGUCAUAUCAUGUUAACUUCAUCCCGCCCCCAGUAUGGUUCUGGUUUCUCACCGAAUCCGUAUUACGAUCUUCAUAAUUCAAUGUAG